AUGUCGGUGGCUGGUGGCACGAUUGCCCUGUUUGCGACCUGCAUUGCGAUCUACCUGUCCAUCGGCAGUGGCAGUGUGCCAUUUCCCUUAAUGAUAAUCCUUUUUGGCAUCUUCGGUCAUAGCCUGGGUUAUUGCGAUAACGCCGGAAUAUCGACGAGUGUCCAAAACUUUUCGGAGCACAAAGGCAGCGCGGUAGGCCUUAUGAAGGCAAUGGAAGGACUCACUGCAGCAGUUGUUAGCACAGUCUUCUACAGCAUCUACUCGGAUGAGGAUCUGGAUACUUUCCCUCUCUGGCUGGCUUUCAUGGCCCUGGGGGUAGGGGCUUUCAGCGUGCCUCUGAUCGCCUUCACGAACAGCCCUGACAAGGAAGAUGCGGAGACUGUGUCCAAGAAGUUUUCGUUCCUUACCGUGGCGCUUUUGGCAUACACGGCAUUCUGUGCAGUUGUUGCGUAUAACAAAGCGUAUACGCUGCCGGUGGCCAUGGCCGUUGCCGUGCUGCCUUUUGGGCUUUUUGCCCUUGCCUGCCGUGCCGACAGUGGAGCUCACUCGUCCAGCGACGCGGUGGUGGCUAUCCAGCGCCCAAACCUAUCUGCAUGGGAGAUGAUUCAAUGUGUCGACUUCUACCUCUUGUAUUUCACAUUCGUCUCGCUCCAGGGCUCUGGCAUCAUGUUUUCCAACAACUUUGGCCAGAUUGUAAAGUCUGUUUCUAACGACGCAUCGGCCUCCAGCGCAGUGUAUGUUACGAUUUUCUCGAUCUUCAACACUUUUGGGCGCGUGUUCAUUGGAUUCGGCUCCGAGUCCGUGAAGCAAACCCUGAACCGGCCAUGGUUCCUAGUGAUCUCAUCUGCGCUGAUGUCGCUGGGCUUGGCCGUUCUGCAGAUUGGUGAGGGUUUCCUUGGCUUCAGUGCUGCGGCAGUUGGUUUUGCCUUGGGAGGGACCUUUGCGUUGCAAGCAGUCGUGGUUGAGGAGAUUUUUGGCCCGGAGGAAAUGCCCAUCAAGUACAGUUAUUGCUUCACUGCUGCAUCGGUGGGGUCCCUGCUGCUGAGUGAUCUGCUCGCGGGCUGGCUUUACGAUGCGGCCGCGGAGCAUCAAGGUCAGUCUGUAUGCCUUGGCACGAGCUGCUUUGGUGUCACGUUUGCGGUUACCGCACUGGGCUGUGCGGCAGCAGCUUUAUCUGUUGCAGCCGUGGCCAUCCGUUCCAGAGGAACGUAUGUUCAGCUCCGGGAGAGGCGACCUCUCCUAAUGGCAACUGAGGCCGCACUUCUUUGA